CCUGUGGGCACUCGACCGAAACACUUCCGCAUGAACGUAUCUGAUGCUCAACAGGCAAACAGGCCGGCCGGAUUAGAAUCUCCCAGACAUUGUCAAGGAAGGAAGCUUACGGACGAAUUCAACAGCGACUCCCGAUUAUUGGUUUUUUGAUCACCUGACUGUGGAGUUUCAUCUAUCGCUGUGAGACGUAAAUAUCUUGAAACAAGAUGGCAGGAUUAAUCAAAGCCAAGAAGUAUGACUGGAAGGACUCCAACAUGGCCCUGUUUGGGUCGGACACCGAACGACAGGUCAAAAAGGAGUCAGCCAUGACAGAGCCCGCAUGGCAGGGGGCAGGGACGGAGCCAGGCCUCAAGAUCUGGCGUAUUGUGAAAUUUGAAGUCACAGAUUGGCCAGUGGAAGAUUAUGGAAAAUUCUUCACUGGAGAUUCCUACAUUAUUUUGAAGACUUAUAAGGAAGGCAGCUCUGAGGACCUGAAGUAUGACCUCCAUUUCUGGAUCGGAACCCAAAGUUCACAGGAUGAGUACGGAACUGCCGCCUAUAAGACUGUAGAGCUGGACACUUAUCUGGACGACAAGGCUGUUCAGCACCGAGAGGUUCAAGGUCAUGAGUCGGAGAAGUUCAAGUCGUACUUCCCAACCUUGCAAUAUCUGGAGGGAGGAGCAGAGACAGGGUUCCGCCACGUGGAGCCUGUGGAGUACAAGCCCCGCCUACUCCAGUUUAAUGGCAAAGGACGCCACAUCACCGUCAAGGAGGUUCCUUUCACGGAGAAAAGCUUGAAAUCUGAUGACGUGUUUGUAUUGGACAAAGGACUUGAAAUCAUUCAGUGGAACGGUGUUGGGUCCAACGGAAUGGAGAAAAUCAAGGCUCAGCAGUUCUGUCAGCAAUUGGAGGCCGAGAGGUCAGGUGCAAGUAACUCUGUCGUUGAGGAGGGAUCGCGUGCUUCCUCUUUCUAUGAGGGUCUUCCUGAUGAUGACGUUGAAGCUGAAGAGGAUGAGGGAGUUUCCACAGGGGAAACAACCCUGAUGAAGGUGUCUGAUGCCAGUGGAAAGAUCGAGAUGACCGAGGUGAAGAAAGGAACCGUCUCCAGGGACGACCUCUCCUCCGACGAUGUUUUCUUGGUUGACACUGGUCUCCAAGUCUUUGUCUUCGUCGGAGGAAACGCCUCCAGUGCAGAGAAGAGAAACGGCUUCCCUUAUGCUCACAAAUACAUCCAAGAAAACGACAAGAAGCCAUUCAUCCAAGUCACCGUCGUCAAGGAGGGACAGGAUUCUGAGCUGCAGACCCUCCUUCAGUAAACGGACACCUUGACUCCGCCCACUUAGUCACAUGACCGCCCGUAACUGAACACAACAGCUUGUAGUAAAACAUGGCUUAGAUACAAACUGGAAAACACAUGGCAGUCUGCUCUAAAAAGUGACCAAUUUACCAGUUUAUGUUUACAAAUUAAACAUUUUCAGAUAAGAUUUCAGUGGUGGUGAUUUUUUUUUAUGUCAUAGCUUAGAUGUGAAUUGCUUUAUUUGGUCUAGAGAAAACUUGGUCUGUCUCUGUCACCAGGUUACAUUAAAAGCCUCCGCUGAGUAAGCAAAUGUUACAGUUAGGGCGUCACGGCGAUCAAUGAAUGAUUGUGGGUUCUUUACUUUCAAAUAUUUCAUUAUGUUGUACUUUUUUAUAUCAUAUAUUACUUACGUGUUGUCUUAAAUUAAUUAUUUGACUCUAAACCCACAUAGCAUGGUUAUGGUGCUUAGGAAAGGAGAUGCCAUUCACUAUUGUUAGAUGUUUUGUUUACAUUGUGUUAUUAUAUGACAUUGGUAUUUGCAAAAUUUACACAAUUUGUUUUUUCUAUUUAUAGUUUUUUUUUCGCACUGAUUUUCUGGCAUGAUCAUUUCUAGAUUUCGGGAACUUUUUCUUUUAUACUUUUUAUAAGUGUUACAUAUUUUUGAAUGUUUAUGUUUACAAAGUUUUUUUUCUGAUUAAAGCUGCAAUAGAAGUGGUCACAUGACAAUCAUGUGACUCUCGAUCUUCCUGAUAACCACCCUUGCUUCCUAUAGAUGUAUAAUUGACAUAUCUUUAUACAAAUAAAAUGCCUCACACAUUGUCAA